CUUUAGGCUUCUGUCUAUAACAGUCAAUUAACAUAAAACAAUAAACUAUAAAUACAAAUUAUUUUCAAUUUCCUAAUCAUUGUUUGAGCUGGCAUUACGGUCAAGGAUGCCGGAGCUACAUGGAUGCCGGAAAUACACACGAACUCUAAUGUGCUUACUGCGUUGCUUUUUGGCAAUAUCGUACCUUUGGAUAAUGGUCCAUGCGGCGGCUAUGGUUCCAGUGGUGAGCGAGCAGACCAAAUGGUUCUUCUGGGUGCAGUAUCUAAAAUUUUGGGUAACUUACUCUUCGCUGCUGACGUUCGAUGUGCAAACGCAAAUCUACGUAGCUUUCGUGAUGAUAUUGGUGCUGUGGCGGAUCUUUCAGUGUUCGCGCUGCAGCUUCUGCAAUCCAAGUGAAUGCAUACAGGGGGACAAGGUGCCGAUGAAUAAGCGCAUGCUCCUGUACUUUGGACCCUAUCUGUUGAUCUUUAUUUUCUGCUGGCUGACCAGCAUGUAUUCGUUGGGCCAGGACCUCGUACGAAUGUCGCUGAGUGUAUCCGAAAUACAUCCCGAUAAUAUGAGCAAAAUAAUUAUGGCCAUUCUGUUCAAGUUGCUAAUCUUGGCCAAUGCUAUUGGACGUUGCAUACGCUCCGCCGUCAUACUCCAGCUGUUCUUCGACGAGCCUGGCGAUGAGCUGCGCAAUUCGCACAAUCUGGGCGAGCAUUACAAUCUAUUCUUUCUCAACUAAUUUUAAACACAACUUUUGGCUGAGUGUUGUAUGUAAAUUA